AUGAAAGAACUUCAUCUUCCUAUUGCAGACAAAACUAUUUGCAUAGAAAGCACUUCAGCUCAAUAUAGAGAAGAUGUCACAAACCAUACAGUUUGCGCUGGAGACGCUAGUGGGAACAAUAACCCUAGCGAUUGUGAUUCAGGAGAACCUCUCUUUUGUAAACGCGAAAGACAAUGUGAUAUCGAAGAGGAGAGUUAUGUUGUCGUAGGAAUAGCCGGUUGGGGAGAAGGAUGUGGACAGCAGGGAAAGUACGGCAUAUUUACACACUUGCUGAAUCUGAUGGAUUGGGUAAAAGAUGUGAUGAACAUGAACAAAUGCCCGUUAGCACCCGACGGCGCAGAAGAAGACUUGUGCCCUAAACCUCCAAUCAAACUAUACUGA